CCCACAGUCGUGAAUCUUCUUCACACGCCAGUAUUUCCGGUCUCUAAGCUGAUGUGAUAGUGGUGAGUGCGCUGAUAGGGACCUGUCCCUGUUGCCUGUGGCGGGCGCACGCUGACAGCAACCGCCUCUUUGGUGCUUUGAGAUCAGUGUGCGUGUUUGGUGCGGCAACUUAGCAUCGCUUCUUUCGUCCUCCUGAAUUUGUUUCCAUUUUGACGGUGAUGGAAACCAAACGCUGCUUUGCAAAUCGCUUUGAUGAUUACAAAGGUGCUCUGUUGGAUGGCCACUCGAAGGAAGCCCUCGUUCCAUUGAUCGUUGCCAAGAUAGAAAAGAUCCUGAAGAAGGUGCCUAUUGCCACGGAGACAAGUGAUUGCUGUGAUGGGGGUCUUUAUGAUGGACCGGCGGGGGUUGCCUAUAUGCUGUACUAUGUUUCGGAAUGUCCCAGGUUCAUCUCUUACAAAGAAAGCUACUUGAAGCUGGCUAAACAGAUCAUUGACGUGUAUGUCAGGUAUGUGGACAAUGAAUCCGAUGUCAACAUGCGAGCAGCCUUUCUUCUGGGAGGAGCUGGUAUAUACGCGGUGGCAGCAAUGAUCUACAAGGCCAUGGGGCUAGCCGACUUCGUGAAGCCCCUCACCAAAUUUAGGAACCUAUGGGAGGUGUGCGCACCUAUCACUUUUUUGGAGUGCGGUUCAGAUGAGCUGUUUGUUGGACGGGCUGGCUACUUGUGCGCCGCUCUCGUGCUAAAGCAGAAACUGGGCAUAGAGGUUUUAAGUCCUGAUCAGAUCAAAGCUAUCUGUCAGACAAUUACUGAAAGUGGAAUGCAAUAUGCAAAGAAGAAAAGAAAGCCUUUUCCCCUCAUGUAUUCCUACUAUGGCACUGAAUACCUGGGUGCAGCUCAUGGACUUUCCUCCAUUCUUCAGAUGUUGUUGUCUUACAAUGAAUACCUCCCAGCAGUUGACCGUGAACUAGUUUGGCAGAGUAUGGACUUCCUCAUGAACCAGGAACAGAACUGUAACUGGCCCGCAGAACUGGGAGAGAUAAUCCAGAGGGAAAAUGAGUUGGUUCACUGGUGUCAUGGAGCACCAGGUAUUACUUACCUUUUUGCCAAAGCCUACCUGAUUAACAAGAAACCCAGGUAUCUGGACACCUGUGUUCGUUGUGGGGAGCUGGCCUGGCAGAAAGGUCUGCUGAAGAAAGGUCCUGGUAUUUGCCAUGGAGUGGCUGGAAGUGGCUAUGUUUUUCUACUCUUGUAUAGAUUAACAGGAAAUACGAAAUACGUCUACAGGGCACAAAGGUUUGCAGAAUUCUUAUUUUCAGAUGAAUUCAAGACUGGAUCCAACAAUGUUGAGAGCAUUUACAGUUUGUUUGAAGGUCUUUCAGGGACGGUGUGUUUCUUGGUUGAUCUUAUUCAGCCAGAGAAAGCUGAAUUUCCUCUCUUCAGUGUAUUUGUGUAACAAUGAAUCAUACUUACGCUCUGUCCAGGAAAAAUUGAAUUAAUAACCUAGGGGCCACUCUUUGCCUAAAUGGGUUACCUGCAUUAGUGUUUGGAAGCUGUCAAAAAAAAUGGAUGUGCGAGACAUCAGAGGUAUUGUGAGAGUGUUUAAUUUUCAGCAGUUGCGGCUUAAUAAAAUGUAUUUUGAUGUUUCUGUGCUUUUUCUAACACACAUGUAUUCUUUGAAAUUAGUUUAUUAUUUGUCAAGCUCUUUGUAUUAUCUGUAUUAACAAUUUACUUCAUACACCAUGUUUUAUGAAUAUGUUUAAGUAUAUUAUGCCUGUUUGCAAAAUCUGAUAUAGACCUGCUAUUUUAUAACACACUGUGGUUAUUAAAUGGUGCAGGCAGUUUAUUCAUACUUGGAGUUCUUUUAUCUUUUGACAAAUAAUGUCAUUAAACAAUAUUUAUGAGUAGUGUGGGAACAGCAGAUAUGAGGUAGUAAGUGGGAAUUUUUAAAAAUUUAAAUAACUAUUAAAAAAUGUUUUUUAACUCUAUAUUCAUUUUGCCAGAUGUUAGCUAUUAGCUGUAUAGUAAUCCAUUCAAUACCUAAGUAAGUAAAGAAACAAUGUGUAAUUUUGCAUGCUGUUUUGCAGUAAAAUGGCAUGCAUAUUAAUUUGUUAUUUUCAGUAAUGUUUUAAUUAUAAACAGUGUCAUGUAUUUAACCUGAAAAAAUUGAAUGCUAAUAUACUUUGUGUUAAUUUGGAUUGUUAUUACAUGUGUCUAUCAUUUGUUCUAAUCGAGUUAUUGUACAAGAUUUUCAAAGUAAUUAAUCAAUUAGAAAUAUGUAUUUUUAUAACUUUCAACCAAUAGACCUAUUUUAUAGAUGACUAUAAAAUAAAUGAUAAUCUAAUUAACUAAAAAAGGUACUGCUGACCAUGUGUUAAAACAAAUGGGUUCCGAAAUAGGAAUCAAUAAAUGAGCAGUUGAAUGAAAGUCACUUGUUACUCAGCAUUGGAGAAUAUCAUAUCAAAUUUAAUUUCACCAUGCUGAGUGCACACUGUUGUAAACAAAAUAUAUAUACUUCUGAACCGAUAGUUGCAUUACUUUGGUGAUACAUUUAGUUUUCUUUUUCAUUUGGAUAUCAUCUUUCUGGUCACACACUAGAGUCAUGAAUCAAUAUUUUUAUCUACAAGCAAAAUUUAAAGUAAUCAUUCAAAACUCAUAAUAGCUGAUACCACUGUUGGUGUUGUAAACCGACAGUCCCAAAGCACGUAAGUCCCAAAAGUACUUUCAAAAACCCUGACUAGACACAAAAGGAACUCAUGGAAUCUUUAUAAAGUAAAUCACAAAAAAAGUAUGUUCUCCAAUGCACAAAGGUAAUAUGGAAUUGCCUAUAACAUGAACAUAAUCCAAAUCAAAUUAGUCCCAAUACAGAGUCCUAAAGCAAGGUUAAAACAUAGAGCAGAAGGUCAAAAAUCCAAACAUCCAAUAAUUCACAGAAAUUACAAUAAACACAAGUAAACUCACGGAAUCCCAGUGAAAGGUCCAUAGAGGGCUAAAUCACUAGUAAAAGAUCAAAAAUCAAAACGAACAUUGUAUUAAACAUCACUGGCAUUGAAAGAGUCUAAAAUGAUACUC